AUGGCCGCUCGUCAUUCUCGUAACUUCUUGCGACCGCUGCUCUACACCUCAGCGGCUGCUGCUGCCGGAGCAGGUGUCCUUUACAUCUCAUACCGUCCUCGUAAUAUUCCUGGUCUCGAAGCCCCCGCCGUGCCUCCGCCUGGAUACCAUGAAGGCAAGCUGGUACCACCUAGCUUCCCCACAAUCAAGUCUCGUCUAGAGCAGAUACAGGAUUUGAAGAAGAGCCAGGAUGAAGAACCUUAUGACCUGUUGGUGAUCGGAGCUGGUGCUACCGGCUCCGGUAUUGCCCUCGAUGCUGCGACGCGUGGAUUGAAGGUCGCAGUGGUCGAGAGAGAUGACUUCAGCGCUGGAACCAGCAGUAAGAGUACCAAGCUGGUGCACGGUGGUGUGCGCUACUUGGAAAAGGCUGUGUGGGAAUUGGAUUAUAAUCAAUAUGCUUUGGUGCGAGAGGCUCUCCGUGAGAGAAAGUACUUCCUGAACACAGCUCCACACCUCUCUCAAUGGCUACCUAUCAUGGUACCCUUGCAGAAAUGGUGGCAGGCUCCCUAUUUCUGGGCGGGCUGCAAAGCGUAUGACUUGCUGGCUGGUUCAGAGGGCAUUGAGAGCUCUUAUUUCUUGACCAAAAGUAAGGCUAUUGAUGCCUUCCCCAUGCUAAAACGCGAAAACGUCGUCGGUGCCAUGGUUUACUAUGAUGGCGCCCACAACGAUUCUCGCAUGAACGUUUCCCUCGGCAUGACCGCGGCCCUCUACGGUAGCACUGUUGUGAAUCAUAUGGAAGUGACUGGCCUGACCAAGGAUGCCUCCGGUAAACUUAAUGGCGCUGUUCUGAAGGACAUCAUUCCUGGCAAGGACGGCCAAGAGACCCAGGAGUUUACUAUUCGGGCCAAGGGUAUCAUCAAUGCCACAGGUCCCUUCACUGAUUCCAUCCGCAAGAUGGAUGAGCCCACCACCCAAGAGAUCGUGGCCCCAAGUUCAGGUGUCCACAUUAUUCUUCCGGGAUACUAUAGUCCGUCUAACAUGGGUCUGAUUGACCCGUCAACUUCGGAUGGUCGCGUCAUCUUCUUCCUGCCAUGGCAGGGCAACACCAUCGCUGGUACCACCGAUGCCCCAACUGAAAUCACCGCUCAGCCCGAACCCUCUGAAGAAGACAUCAAAUGGAUUCUUAGUGAGAUUCGUGGAUAUUUGGCCCCCGAUAUUAAUGUUGAGCGAAGCGAUGUCCUGGCUGCUUGGUCGGGUAUCCGUCCUCUUGUGCGCGACCCCAAGAAGACCAGCUCGCAGGCUCUAGUUCGCAACCAUCUCAUUUCCGUUUCUGCUUCUGGAUUGUUGACUUGUGCCGGUGGUAAAUGGACUACAUAUCGUCAAAUGGCCGAGGAGGCUGUCGAUGAGGCUAUCAGCGCGUUCAAGCUGAAGACAAAUGAGGUGAAAUCGGCCCCUGAUAUCAGUGGUGUAGGUGGCAGCGGCUUGGUGGCUGAUGGUGCAGUUCUGGAUGGUACCUGUCAGACCCACCAGGUACGCCUGAUUGGUGCCCACGGUUACUCCAAGACCUUGUUUAUCAACUUGAUCCAGCAUUUCGGACUCGAGACUGAUGUUGCCAAGCAUCUGACUGAGUCAUAUGGUGAUCGUGCUUGGCAGGUGGCUGCUCUGUCAUCUCCCACUGGUGCCCGCUACCCUCUCCGCGGCCAGCGUAUCUCUCCCCUGUACCCCUUUGUUGACGGUGAAGUUCGCUAUGCGGUACGUCAUGAGUAUGCGCAAACCGCUGUUGAUGUGAUUGCCCGCCGCACCCGUCUGGCUUUCCUCAACGCUGAGGCUGCUUUGGAGGCUCUUCCCACCGUUAUUGACCUGAUGGCGGAGGAGUUGAACUGGAACACCAAGCGAAAGGACCUUGAGUUCAAGGAUUCACUCUCCUACCUCAAGUCAAUGGGUCUGCCCACCAACUUUGCUGGCCUAACCCGCCAUGAUGUUGUGCAGGGUAGAGUCAAGGACCUUGACGUUGCCCAACACAAGUCUUCUGCUCGUUCUGAUCCCCCAGCCGAUGUUCUCCAAAGUGAUGCCCCCACUCCUUCGAUCUCAUAG